AAGAGAGAGAAACAUCAGUGUCAGAGAAAAACAUCGAAUCCGCCACCUAGGAAAAAUUAAUCAAGAUGUCCACGAUCUCAAAGCACUUUGGAUUGAACUACAAGGAAGAAUUGUACAUCUUUAAAGAGCGUGAUAAGAUUUGCCGGAAGACCAAAAAGGAUUUUCUCCAGUUCAAGCAGAAGCUGGCCUCCAAGCCGGCUGUCGAUGAAGUUGCAGUCUUCAGUCUCCAGGAUCCUGGCCCUGCCAGGUCUGGGGAGAAGGGGAGAGUUUUCUCCGCUGGACCGGAGCAGCCAUCAGGGUCCCUUCGGCCUAAAGGCCCCGCAACACCCUCAGCAGCCCUACUGCAGCAGGAGCUCCGAGGUACGAGGCGCCCCCCAGGCCGGAGCGAGGGGGCUGCUCCCGGGAAGCCGCAGGUGUUUUGCCCCCAGGACUUCUACAUGCGGAGCUCCGCGUUCCUCCGGCACCGGCUGUUCAAGCACCUGCCAGCCAUCGCCACCAGCGUCGGCACGUCCAAACCUUUGGUCCCGAUGCCACCACCUCCACGGAGGAAAAUGGCCGGAGGGUCCUGGGGCCGGAGGAGCCCGAGGCUCUCGAGUGCCAAGCGGGUCCUCAACGUGGCCCGGGGGCGCGCCCCGAAGCCGGAGCCCGCUGCGCCCGCAAAGGCAAGCUCGGCCGGAAAGCGGAAGAGCAGCUCGAUUUCCAGUGCAGAGGGCGAGGCGGAGGCCGCCACGCGGCAGCGGAGAGUGAGGAUUCGCACCCACUACUCGCCUGAGGGCGCGUCCGGGUCAUUUUCCAAAACAGAUGGUGAAACUGCCCAGCCCGGCGAUGAGCUGGAGGCCGUACUGCAGGCCCCGCUGCCGGUGAGAGUGAUCCCGACGUCCAUAGAGGAGAUCAUCGCCUCGCUGCAGUCUGAGGCCCAGCUGGCCUCCGACCGGAUUAUCAGAGACCUCAUACAGAGUGUCCUCGGCCAGAACUACGACAUUCAGAUGGAAGAUAUUUCUUUAAUGGGAAAAAUGUACUGGCACAAACCAUCUCAAGUGCAAUCAGAGCAAGGAUUACAGAUAAGUAUUGAGGAACCUCAAAUGAACGAGUUGGAGGAAUUUUCUCAAACUGUAUCAAGUGCUUUCCAGAUUGAUCAAGAGGAUACAUCAGAAAAGGGAGCCUCAGAAACAGAAAGCAUGGUAUUUAAACCUCAGGAAACUUCUGAAAUUCAGCCAGCAGAUGAAUCGAGUAAACUUUUGGAAGAUAAACAGCCCACACCUGAUUCAAAAGCAGCCAAAUGGGUGGCUUUAAAGGUGAAAUCAUCUGAAUUGUUGCAAAUCAGAGGAAAAGAAGUUAAGCGAACACGAAAAAGUAAAUUAAGAAUUCCACUACAAAAAAAGUCUGCAAAACCCCGGCACGAUCAAAAACGAUUAAAACAAAAAGUUCUACAAGACCACUCCAUUCCUACCUUUCAUGGUCUGUGCACAACUGUCCCAGCCUGGAUGCUUCCCACCAACUUGUACCUGGCUUCUCGGGCAUAUCAUACAGCCGACAAGAAAGGCCAUGAUACUCUACUCAGAGUAUUUGGAAAGUCCUUGUUAGAUGAUCGCUUGACAGACGAAGAGCAAAGAGAUAGAGUAAUACAAGGAAUCCCUGUUAUGGGUGAUGAUCAAGCACAUGUUCCCGUCCUUCCAGCAACACCAGGGAUACCACCCGAAUUGGAACAAGGAACUGGACAGUGUGCUCACAAACCACACCUACAACUCUUGGGAGAGGAAGUGUCAGCAUAUCCAGGAUUUACAAAGUUGUUUUGGAAUCUAAAUUCAUCCAAAUUCCAUGUUCCAGUAUCUGUCGUGAAAGAAACACUAUAUCCAAAAUAUGAGAGUGUUCAAACAAGCAGAAUUCUAAUUGAGAAAAUUUCACCUGAAAGCAAGGAAAGUGUCAUUAUAAAUCAGUACAGUGGAAAGCAUAGGGUAUGUAUAAUUUUUAUGCUGAAUUGUAAGCUGGUUACUUUUUCUGUCCACAGCUCAGGUAUUAUAUCUAGAAAUUUUGGAAACUGUUUAUUGGUGUUUCCUCAGUCCAGGAAAUGCCUCAAAAUGUGCACUGGUAUCUUUGUGGAGGACACAGCUCCUCUUUUUAAAUGUGUUGUCUUUAUGACACUCCAAGGAUGUUAUUUACUAAUCAGUAGCAGAAAUCUGCUGUGAGUUUUCCUACAGUUUCUAAAAUUUCUGGUUUUGUACUCAUUUAUCA